AUGCCGCUAGCCAUGUGGGCGAAGACGGCCGUGGGGACCAACCUGCCGUUUCUGAAAGGCUUCGGCAAGGCUGUGAAAAGCUGGCGGGACAUCCUCCAUCAGACGAUCCAGCGCAAGGUUGCCGCGAAACCACAGGUUCCACAAACGGUCGACGUCGGCUUGGUGGCAGCUAAGCAAAGAUGUCUCCUACUGAACAGAACCGGUAUUCCCUUGCAGUCUCGUAUUUUUCGAUCCUUGUUUGCAAGGAAUUUCUCCAAGUCUUUGGCCAGCGAGCUUCGAAGACGGUCCGCAUUGCGUCUGUCAUCUUGCUCGGCGAGAAGCUUCAGACAUGUCCCUAUCAUGUCGCUGAUCGGAGUGACACUCGGGCUCGAUGUCCCCACAGUUAUUGAUGACAGCGCGGAGAAGAUCAUGGCAGAAAUGCGGAAUAAGUUUCGGAGCUACACCUGGCAGACAGAACCACUGGAGAAGUUGCCUCAGAGUCUGGGUGACCUGGAUAUAAACCCGCAGUCCAUCGCCAGUGGUUGUGAGGGAGCUGUUUACAAGGCCAAGGUCAAAGUUGAUGCAGGUAUUGAUUCACCCAGCAGUUGCUGUGACAGAGAUGGGGGGUAUGACCUUGCUGUGAAGGCCGUGUUUAACUACGGGGCCGAGUCCAACUCCCACAGUAUUAUACAGACUCUGGAAAGAGAGAUUGUACCAUUGCGGGCAGAGGGAUGUCAGGUCGAUUCUCUUGGGAAGGACUACGUCAACCGACUGCCACCCCACCCCAACAUUGUUGAGAUGCCUGGCAUAUUUGUUGAUGACAUGCUGGUCACCGAAGAGGGCCUGCGCAAGUUCCCCGCCGCCUUGCCACACCGGCUCAACCCAGAACUGCAUUAUGGGAGGAACAAGACCCUGUACUUGGUGAUGCGAAGACGCAGCACUCACCUGCGAGACUACCUGGCCAACAACGAGAUCCCGAUGGAGACCAGGUGCUUGAUGCUGGCCCAACUGUUGGAGGGCGUGUCCCACAUGGGGCAGCAUGGGAUAGCCCACCGGGACCUCAAGUCUGACAACGUGUUGGUGGACGUGCCAGAUGCUGGAGGUGUUCCCCGCCUGGAGAUCUGUGAUUUUGGAUGUUGUCUGGUGGCAGAAAACAAAUCGCUGGUGAUUCCUUAUCCAACUCGGGACAUGUACAUUGGAGGCAACUCCUGGCUCAUGGCUCCUGAAUUGGUGACAGCCACGCCUGGCAGUGACAGUUUCCUGGACUUUAGCAAGUCUGACCUGUGGGCAGUUGGGGCAAUAGCCUAUGAGAUUCUGGGGGGAGAGAACCCAUUCUACCCAAGCCGGGGCCAUGAGAGAAAGCAGCUCAGCAGCAGAAGUUACACAGAAGAGGAUCUGCCAGCACUGCCAGGUGACGUGCCAAGUCCAGUGAAACGGCUGGUAAAAGCUUUACUGUGUCGAGAUCCAAGAAAGCCCCCCCCCCGCCACGCUCCCAUCGGCCCUUGGGCCUGCGGGCGGCCAUCAGCAAGUGUGGCCGCAACAGUUGUACAGAUGGUGGUGCUAGACAGCGGUGGCUGCAGGAACUCACACACUGGAAGAAUCGGAAGAAUAGCCAGGAAGACUGCACUGAAUGGCAGAAAGACCAACAAUAAGAGACUGACCCAGUUGUCGGAUGCUCUCUACAAGGAGCGACAGAAGUUUAUGUGGGUCAUGGUGCAGAGCUUGUCUAUGCUGUGUCGACUCAUCUUCGGCAGCCAAUCAGAAAACUGGGAUGUGAAGUCGGUGAUGAACUUCAUGUUACUGUCUCGACUGAAUUAUGCAGACUUCCGAGAAGCUCUCAAAUUCUUAUAG